AUGAGCAGUGGUCCAGCAUGGAAACGGGAAAUUGUUCCAGAUCAUAAGUUCGACUUCAUCGACACCCGUGAAUUUACCGACAAUGGGUUCCUCAUGCGCCUGAAAUAUCUUUGGCUUUAUAUUAUUAUCCUCAAAUCAUUUCUUGUCUACCUUUCCGAUAUCUUCACCGCUACGACCAUGUUGACAACUUCAACAUGGUCCAACCAAAUCUUCAACGACUGUCAGAAUCAAGAUGGUUGCUUCUAUAUCCCCUUUAAUGUUGGGAAGUGGCUGUUCGUAGGAUGUAUUAUUUUUGGCUUCCUCCUGGUAUGCUACAGUCCUAGGCAAGAGAACCUGGCGUACGAAGCCCGGAAAUCGAAGAAAAUCAUCGCUAGUCGUGAUAUCUCUUACGCUUUCACGAACGUGAUGGCUAAUCACUAUUACUCCCUCCGCUCGUAUGAUCACUUCUGCUUCUUCGAUCAUAUCAGUAAUUCAACGAAGAAGAAAGACGACUUUGCAUUCUUCAUCUUCUUUACGUUCAAGAGUUGGAAGCGCCUGUUACUGUCUGAUGGGCCAAGACAAACAAUCAACGCUUUGACACUUUAUAGUAUCUACCUGGCGAAGAACGACAAGGGAUCUUGGUACGACAUCAGCAAAUACUUCGCAGGAAAUAGUCUGUCAACCUCCGCUCUGACUGUCUCCACGUUCUUCACCUUCGUCAUCUUCGCUGGCUCGCUCUUACUGUUGAUUAUGGCUGGCAUAUUCUACAUUCCUUUGUUGUGCUACAUUCAAGGAAACCUUAAGGAAUACGUAUGCCACAAGGUUGACAAGCGAAUCGCAGAGGUUAUCAAGCGUAGAAACAAGGAGCGGCUCGCAAAGGCUGCUGCGCUAGCGAAGAAGGAGGCUAUGGGUGACUUCUCCCACUUGAAAAACAAGAAGGGCGAGAUAGUUGGCAAACCUUUGCCACAGCCGACUCUUCCAAACCUCUCAGUUGACGACGACGACGACGCUAGAUCUAUCUCCAAGCGCGGGCCAGGUGGUACCUACAACCAGGAUUACUACUAUGACCAGAAGAGCAUAGCGCCAAGCUAUCACACAAAUCCCGCCGGUGCCGACUACACCGACUAUCCUCCAAUGCCGGCUCACAACGCUGGGUAUUCACACCAGACUGCAGGCACGUUCAAUCAAUAUAUUCCGUCUUCGGAAAACUACGAGCCACAGCACCAAGGCUACGAAGAAGAAUACGGCAGCACAGUUCAUCUUCAGGAAGGUGCUACUCUUGCUUAUCAAAGUAAUGAUCAAGGGCCGUACGAUUCAUAUGGGAGCUCGGGGGCGCCAGGGCAAUAUGUUGCAAACGCACACGAUGUGUACCAAGGGAGAGCAAAUCCAGGAGCACAUUUGCCGUAUAAUGGUGCGAGCAGGCAGGCUUACGAUGUGGAGGAUUAUCCUAGCCAGCAGUAUACGCACGCACAUAAUUAUGACUACACGGCAGCAAUUGGGGAUGGUUACCACUAUCAGGGGUAUGCUGCACACGGCUCACAUGAGUAUGGACAUGCUUUGUAG